GACUCAGGGUGGCCGAGUGCCGGCGACGAUGGCGAGCUCGGGCUCGGCGGUCGACGGGGUUGGCGACGACGGUACGACGGGCGUGCCGAGCGGCGGACCUAGGAAUCCUCUUACCUGCGGUGUCUGCCACGAUUACUACAACGAGCCCUGUCUGCUCUCCUGCUUUCACACCUUCUGCGCCCAUUGCAUACACGGACCGCACAUCGACGGGACAAUCAAGUGCCCCAUCUGCGGGCAACAAACGCAGUUGAAAGAUGGAGCACAAUUACCACCCCCCGAUCAGCUGAUACGCCAAUUAGUGGAACUGGCAAACUCCGAAAAUCCACCAUGUGCCAAUUGCGAUAAACGCGAUAAAUCCACUAUGUUUUUCUGUACAACAUGCGGACAAGCGCUUUGCACUCACUGCAGAGAACAUACUCAUCGUGCAAAAAUGUUCUCCACUCAUGAGGUGGUGCAUAUGAGCAAAUGCGCCAAGGACACUCAACGUCGGUGUCCGAGCCAUGGCGAGCAGUACAUAAUGUAUAGCCAGAGCGCCAAGUGCAUGCUGUGCGCUACGUGCUUUCGCGAUACACCUCCGGACGCGCGGGUGCACUGCGUGGACAUUGAAAGCGCCUGGCAGCAGGCCUCGAAGAAGAUGGAGCGCGCGGUAAACUCCAUCUGCGAGCUUCAGGCCGGCAUUAAGGACGGCGUAUUGGCCCUCAAGUCGCAGCUGGACGAGCUGCGGCACAGUCUCGAGUCUGAGAAGCGCGCAUUGACCGCCUUCUGUCAAGGUAUGCAGGAGGCGAUCAACAAGACGCACGCGUAUGUCCUCGCAGAGUUGCAGCGUCAAUUCGACACCAAGGAGCGCAUGGUGCGUACGCAAUUACUUGCGCUGGGUAGCGCGUUACCCGUGCUGCAGAUGCAUUUAAUGCUGUGCACCGCGUUCACCACUGGCGCGACCAAAUAUCAGUUCCUCGAGCUGGCGCAUCCGAUGCUGGAACGGCUGAGUCGCGUCGCUCAACUGGGCCAUCCAUCGCGGCCACCUCUGCUCGCUGCUCACAUCAAGACGAAUUAUCGGGCCGAUUUUGCGCGUGCUCUACAUCCCUACAUAGGUCAAGUGCAGACACCGAAGGUUACCGCAGAAUCGCUGUAUGAUCAGAUGGCCGGUGGUCAUACACUAGGCCAGCCGGAACCGCAAGUGCUUCAGAGCAGCAAGGUCACUCAGAGGCUGCCGACAAAAAGUGGACCUGAUAGCGGCCCGUUUUCCAAUCACUGUCGGACUUUUGAUACCCAAUUGAAGGAACUAAGUCAGCAAUUGAUGACUGUGAAGGAACGAUUGGGCGAAUUGCAACGGGAUGUUUCCGUUUUAAAGAGAGCAAACACUCCGCCGUUAGGUACGCGUUACGAUCAUGUGGCAAGGGAUUGCCGUUUGCUCGAGCAACAAUUGGAGCAUCAUCAAAUGGAAUUGGAGCGACUGAGAAAUGUUUUCGACGCUCUUUGGGAGGAACAGAUGUGCAGGAUUCACAUAGAAAAGGAGAUUUUCCAUUCUCAAAUGAAUGACAUAUUAUCAUUGAGGAGCGAAGUGAAAAAACUGCAAGUGCUCGCUCAGCAUCUGGAACCCUUUGUCAAGUCGUUCUCGAUAGGCAUCGGCGCUGGAGAAGUGAGUGUGGCCGCGGCGGACGCGGCCGAUAAUCAACAUCUACAAGCGUUGCUGGAUCAUCUGGCGCGCUUACAGAUGCAAGAACCACCACCGCAUCCACAAGCUCAAGCACCGACGAAGGAUCAUCGUCAUCCACGUAGCACUGCCACGAGUGCCGAUAACGCGCUAUACAUGAAAGAAACGAAGGAGAUACCAACGCGAUGUCGUACACCGUCCGGUGGUGUUGGCGCCGUUUUGGAUUCGAGCGGCAAUAUAGUUGUGUACGGGACGGCCAAAUCAACCGAUCCAAAGCGGGGCGUGCUUAGUCAAUUGAUCGAGAAGGCCAGAACGCAAAAGGACGAUCGUAAGAAAUCGCCAGGCAGAGAAGACGGGCGUGAUCGCAGUCAGAGCCGGCGUUCGCGCAAGUCGCCGGACAGCGCGAAGCCGAAGACGCCACCCGGUCACUCAUCCGGCAGCAAGAUGCGGUCGUUGUAUCGUUCCCUGAAAGGCGGAACCGGCGAUACUUCCGCCGAGGCGCUCGAUCAGGCGGAAAGAUGCACCGACUCGCAGCAGCCGCAGUCUCAUAUCGGCGACGAGGGCGAGUAUCAACGAAUCUCAGAGGCCUCAAGCAUGGGCGAAGCGAAGAAGCGCGUGCAGGCGCAAGUGCAUGCAGUCCCGACCGACGAUCAGAUACGGGCGAUGCCAAGCAGCAAGGUCCCCAAAAUCUACCCGGCCAGCGACUCCGAGGAGCUGUUCUACGGCGACGGGAAGGAUGCGAGGAGGCGACGGCGUGCCAGCUGCGACAGUCUCAGCACAACUGGUUCCGGAAACAGUAGGCGGUCGAGCAUCGUCGAUGGGACGGUAGGUCAACAAUCCAUCGCACAGGACCCCCGGAAAGCCCUGGUCGUUUUGAUCGGAUCACGGACGUCGUCGUCUCUCAUGCAGAAACAGCGUUCCUGGGAGACCUUCCCGCGACCCAAGAGCAAGCGUGGCGCCGGUAGCGAAGGUUCGGGGGCUUCGUCCCUCGGUCAGCUGAAGAAAGCAGACAGCUUUGAGGGCCACGAGGAAGCGGUGCGCACCUUGGUGGCGGCAGUACAGGAGACGCGAUCUCAGCUGCGACACCAUCAUUUACAUCAUCAUCGUCAUCAUCGUAAGAGUAAAACGAAUUGAGGCGCUUCUUGUCGUUCAGAUCGUUCUUGGUCCCUUCGCAACCCCUCCUCGCGCGCAAAAAUUACGUAAGGAAAUAUUGUCCGAAGGGUAUC